GACAUAUUGGACAUGGCCUCAAAUACCCACAUGCCAGACCCAGUGUGCCUCAUUGAGAACACUAAGGAGCAACUAGUGGUUAAUCCAGAGGCUUUGAAGAUCCUGUCUGCCAUUAACCAGCCUCUUGUCGUGGUAGCCAUUGUGGGUCUCUACCGCACUGGCAAAUCCUACCUGAUGAACAAGCUGGCUGGAAAGAAAAAAGGCUUUUCUCUGGGCUCCACGGUGCAGUCUCACACCAAGGGAAUCUGGAUGUGGUGUGUGCCUCAUCCUGAAAAGCCAAACCACACCUUAGUUCUGCUUGACACUGAGGGCCUGGGAGAUGUAGAGAAGGGUGACAACCAGAAUGACUCCUGGAUCUUUGCCCUGGCAAUACUGCUAAGCAGCACCUUUGUGUACAACAGCAUGGGGACCAUAAACCAGCAGGCUAUGGACCAACUGCACUAUGUGACUGAGCUGACAGAUAAAAUAAGGGCGAAAUCUUCACGGGAUGCAAAUGAAGUUGAGGAUUCUACUAACUUUGUAAGCUUCUUUCCAGAUUUUGUGUGGACACUGAGGGAUUUUUCCCUAGACUUAGAAGCAGAUGGACAAGCCAUCUCAGCAGAUGAGUACAUGGAGAAUUCGCUCAAACUUAAGAAAGGUACCAGUCAAAAAGAUAAAGAUUUUAAUCUUCCCCGACUCUGUAUCCGGAAGUUCUUCCCAAAAAAGAAAUGUUUUGUCUUUGACCGGCCCACUCACCGGAAGAAGCUAGGCCAGCUUGAGACCCUGCAUGAUGAUGAGCUGGACUCCGAAUUUGUACAACAAGCUAAAGUCUUCUGCUCCUACAUUUUCAACAGUUCCAAAGUUAAAACGCUCCCAGGAGGCAUCAAUGUCAAUGGACCUCGACUGGAGAACCUGGUACUGACCUACGUCAAUGCCAUCAGCAGUGGGGAUCUGCCCUGCAUGGAGAACGCAGUCCUGGCCUUGGCCCAGAUAGAGAACUCCGCCGCGGUGGAAAAGGCCAUCGCCCACUACGACCAGCAGAUGGGCCAGAAGCUGCAGCUGCCCACGGAAACCCUCCAGGAGCUGCUGGACCUGCACAGGGACAGUGAGAAAGAGGCCAUCGAAGUCUUCAUGAAGAGUUCCUUCAAGGACGUGGACCAUUUAUUCCAAAAGGAAUUAGCGGCCCAACUAGAAAAAAAGCAAGAUGAAUUUUCUAAACAGAAUAUGAAAGCAUCAUCAGAUCGUUGCUCAGCUUUACUUAAGGAUAUCUUCGAUCCUCUGGAAAAAGAUAUAAAACAGGGGAUUUAUUCUAAACCAGGAGGAUAUCAUCUCUUUAUCCAGAAGAUGAGAGAGCUGAAGAAAAAGUACCACCAGGAACCUGGGAAGGGACUACAGAGUGAAGAAAUUCUUCAGACAUACUUGGCGUCCAUGGAGGCUGUGACUGACACAAUUCUACAGACAGACCAGACUCUCACAGAGAAGGAAAAGGAGAUUGAAGAGCAACGUGUUAAAGCUGAAACUUCAGAGGCUGCAAAAAAAAUGUUGGAGGAAAUGCAGAAAAAGAAUCAGCAGAUGAUGGAGCAGAAAGAAAAGAGUCAUCAGGAACACGUGAAACAACUGACUGAGAAGAUCGAGAAGGAGAGGGCCCAGGUGAUGGCAGAACAAGAGAGAGCUCUCACUCUUAAACUUCAGGAACAAGCCCGGUUACUACAGGAAGGAUUCCAUCAGGAGAGCGCACAACUUCGUAAAGAAAUAGAGAAUCUCCAGAAUAACAUGAAUAGAAGGAAAAUAUGUGUCUUAAGCUAAAAACUUAAGGAAUAGAGCUUUCUUGUUCACUCUUUACUGAAGGCAUAACUCAAGCAGUCUUAGAAUUUGGAAAAAUAUCACUGCACUUGAGAAAAAGUGGCCUCUUUAAGUUGACAAAAGGAAUCUACAAAAAACCCUUCACCUAAUAUAUUUAAUGAUGAAAAACUGAGUGCUUUGCCCUUAACUCCAGAACAAA